AUGAAUCGUGUUCUCACCAAAUUUCGUUACAAUGUCAAGUGGACAGUCUCAUCGUUCACGAAUGCAUCAUUGUUGGCCGUGCAUGAAUUCAUUGAAAAUGUUGUCUACUGUUUAAUAAUAAUAAUCAAACAAAUGUUGUUAAACGAUAGUGGUGUUUACAAAGUAUUAAAUAAUAGGUAUUUGUUAAAGACUAUAUUACAAUGGGUACGAUCGAAUCAUUCAAGACAACAACUCGAGUCUUAUCGAUACCAUGAACUAAACAACUUGCUGUGGAUACUCGUCAAUGGCUAUGAAGGACUAUUAAAGAUGAUCUUUGAUCGAGGUGAAUUUGAACAGAUGCUACGUGUGUCACAAGAAGCUGUUAGGAUGUUCUUUACCAAACUCAAAGAUCGUCAAUUGCUACUGUCCAUCUACCACCGAUACACCAUACUAUUUUGUUGGGAUGAUACAAUAGAGUAUGCUUGUAAAAGAGGUGAUUUGGAGAUUGUUGACAUGUUGAUCAAACAAACCAACCCUCUCGUAUUACCUGUUAGUCCUCGAUCACUAGAUACCGCCAUUCAAUCAAACUCUAUUGAAUUGACAAAGUAUAUUGAUAAAUGGUUUAAAAUUAAUUCCUCUUCUUCCUCUUCAAUGACCAAGACACUAGUAUCAAUCAAUUGUCAAACAUCUAAAAAGGAAAUAAUAGAAUAUUUAUUUCAAAAUAAUAAUAAUAAUAAUAAUAAUAAUAAUAAUAAUAUAAAGAAGAAGAUGAAGAGAAUGUUUAGUGGACGUGGUGGUGGUGAUGGUGAUGGUGGUAGUGAUAGGUCUAUCAAUAUGGAUCCAUUACUUGUACACCCAAUAUUGAUUGAUUGGGUAUUAAAGAAUUAUACAAAUUGUAAAUGGACGUAUACAUCUAGCAGAGUUAUAUCUCGCAUUAUCAAAGAGAUAGAUAAUACUUGUUCAAGAUCAAAAGAUGCGUUUGAAUGCAAACAAUACUUGUCAAAUAGCAAUAUACCAUUUAAAGAUAUAUUCCAAUCACUUCAACAAAUCAUUGCAUGUCAAUUGGUAAAUAUAGGUACAACUAUAACUACAACUAUUCAAGAAAUAGAAGAAAGAAUGUGUACAACUGUUGACAAGGAAAAUGAUCCAAUCUACUAUCCAAUGUUGAUUAUUUUGGCAUUGGACAAUUGUAGAACAAUUCUACAACUGUUCCUCAGAUACUUGAUAAAGACUGAUCAUCCAUUCUUGUAUACUUUGGCCAAUGAAAAUAGAGACUUUGUAUUGUGUCCUAUUAGCUAUGCAGUGCCAGAUGACGUUACUUUGACCGUCGAUCAAGCCAAUCUCAUUUACUGCCAAAUAUUCUCAAGUCAAUCGGCCAUUCUCAUUGACAGUCCAGAAAUAUUUGACAUUCUCCAAGAUAACAUUGGUUUAGAUCAAGAUCAAAAAGAUAUGUGGAUAGUAGGUCAAAUAUUUCCAAUUGCAGUUGAUCAUUGUUACUUUGGUCUUGUUAGACACUUGGCACGUGAAAUGCAAACAACUAGACCCUACAGAUGGAAUUUUAGUAUUAGAAAAGAUAAAUCAAUUCAAGAAUGUAUAGACAUGUCAAUAUUGUUAAACGAGGUUGGUAUCUAUGCCACAUUUAUUCAAAGAUCGAUCAUAACAAAUACAACGCAUCCAACUAUACAUUUGACAGAAUAUAUAUUAAAGUGUCUAUCACAUAGUUCAACAUCCAUAUCAUAUGCUCUACCAUUACUAUUUUAUUCUCAGUCCUCUGAUUAUCUAAUCAAAUCAUAUUUAGAUCAAACUAAAGUAUUGGUUGAUUUGGACAAUAUUAUUAUGAGUCAAGAGUUGGCAGAUUUCUUGACAAGGUAUAGACAAGAUACUUUAAUAUCCAUUCUAAGUGGAGAAAUAUAUUCUCUACAUGGUCAUCGUAUUUCAAUUGGUUGGAAAUCUAUAAAACUUUUAUUAAAGAGUAUAUAUUACAUGUACCUGAAUCAAGAUAGGAAUAAUCCAACUCCAAUACAUGAAAUUGUAAGUUUGGUUUCAGAGUUUGGUCAUCAUUCUGAUUUCAUUCAACGUAUCAUUACAUUAUACACUACAAUUGACAGGAACCAAUUUACACAAAUGCAAAGAAUAGCUUGUUCAAAUGGUAACAAGAAUAUUCUUGUUUAUCUAAUUGAACAAACAGAGUUUAAUGUAAAUACUGGAUUUUUACAAGUCACUCGUACAUCCAAACAACAAUCAAAUUAUCAAUUACACCAAUCUCCCAACCAACUAACAGCAGACAAUGAAACUCAAUCACUCAAUUCAUUUCAUUUUGCAGUGUUCCGACACCAUCUCAAUGUCAUACAGUAUAUCUAUGAUUCAAAAUAUUUAAUCAAACAUUCUACCAAUAUUGUAACCAUUAAAAAACAUCUACUUGAUUCGUGUAUGACUGAAACAACCAAAAACUAUAUAAAUAAUUUAUAA